GAUUAGCUCAACAUAAGCGCGCGAGGAAGCCAAGGCAUAAAAUUUUCGGAAGACAUAUUUAAGAGAGACAGACCGGAAUUUCGUGUGGCACUACCGGAAUAGUUUGUCGGAGAAUUGUCGCCGGAUUAUGGUCGUCGGUUUCUCUGUAUAAACCCUAAACCCUAAUCCCUAAUGCUCAUUCAGAAACCUCGCCUUUUGGUAUACGGAAUCUUCCACGCCGUCGAGCACAAUCAUCGUUCUAAGUUUCGAGUUUCAGCUCUGCAACUCUCCUCUUUGUCUGCCCAUUCAUGGCUGUCCACGCCAGGAAAGCCCCUCAUAAAGUGGCCUUCACUGCCUGACGAGUUCGGCAAUCCGUUGCAAUCGGAUUCUGCCGUGAUUUCAAACCCUAAUCCUGCCAUUGACCCGAAACUCGAAGCAAGUUAUGCGCCGAAUGACUUGUCUACCAUUUCUGGCAUCCUUUCCGAUCACGGUGUCCGGCCCGGUGCAGAGCUCGAGGAUGCUCUGGACCGGACUGGAAUCGUGCCGAGUUCGAGUUUGUUGGAAGCUGUGUUCGAUCAUUUCGAUUCGUCUCCCAAGUUCUUGCACUCGCUGUUUCUCUGGGCUGCGAAGAAACCCGGAUUUUGUCCCUCUGCAGUAUUAUUCAACCGUCUGAUCAACGUUCUUGCGAAAUCGAGGGAGUUUGAUUCUACUUGGUCUUUGAUUAUUUCUCGUCUCCGUGGAGAUGAAAAGCCCUCUUUGGUUUCGGUAGACGUCUUCGUGAUAUUGAUCAGGCGGUAUGCUCGUGCAGGCAUGCUUCAACCUGCAAUUCGAACUUUUGAAUUUGCUUGCAACCUAGAAACAAUUUCAGGGACCAACUCAGAGGGCUUGUUUGAGAUUUUACUGGAUUCACUCUGCAAAGAAGGUCAUGUCAGGGUAGCUUCCGAGUAUUUCAAUAGGAAAAGGGAAAUGGAUUCAAGUUUUGGACUGUCAAUUCGAGCAUAUAAUAUACUUUUAAAUGGAUGGUUUCGAUCAAGAAAGCUCAAACAUGCUGAGAGGCUCUGGUUUGAGAUGAAGAAGAACAAAAUAUCUCCAACUGUUGUUACCUAUGGCACCCUUAUAGAAGGCUACUGUCGAAUGCAUCGUGUCGAAAGAGCCAUUGAAUUGGUGGAUGAGAUGAGGGGAGAAGGUAUUGAGCCAAAUGCAAUCAUAUAUAACCCAAUAGUUGAUGCACUUGGGGAAGCUGGGAGGUUUAAGGAGGCACUGGGAAUGAUGGAGCGGUUCAUGGUUUUGGAACAAGGCCCUACUAUCUCGACGUAUAAUUCUCUUGUCAAGGGGUAUUGCAAGACAGGAGAUCUUUCUGGGGCUAGCAAGAUCCUUAAGUCGAUGAUAAGUAGAGGAUUCACUCCAACCCCAACUACCUAUAACUACUUCUUCAGAUUCUUCUCGAAGCAUGGUAAAAUUGAGGAGGGUAUGAACCUUUACAAUAAAAUGAUUGAAUCAGGAUAUGCGCCAGAUAAACUUACAUAUCACCUGUUGCUGAAGAUGUUAUGUGAAGAGGAGAGAUUAAACCUUGCAGUUCAAGUUUGCAAUGAAAUGAAGGCUAGAGGGUUUGACAUGGACUUAGCUACAAGCACCAUGUUAAUUCAUUUGCUUUGCAAGAUGCAUAAAUUUGAAGAAGCUUUUACAGAAUUUGAACACAUGAUUCAUCGAGGAAUUGUUCCUCAAUAUCUUACUUUCUUUAGAUUGCAUGAUGAAUUCAUGAAACGUGGAUGGACAAAAAUGGCAUCUAAGCUGCAAGAAAUGAUGUCUUCGGUUCCUCAUUCAGAGAAGUUACCCGAUACGUAUAAUCAAACUCCUGAUUCUAUCCGUGCUAGAAGAAAAUCUAUUAUGCGUAAAGCCGAGGCAAUGUCCGAAAUGUUGAAGGUCUGUAAAGACCCUAGAGAGCUUGUCAAACGCAGAAGUCCAUCCGAAAAUGCUGUAUUUAGUGCAAAUAGGUUGAUGGAUGAUAUCAAAAAGAAAGCCAGCCUUUGACUGUUUGAACCCAUCUACUUAAAUUUUGCUGUUGCUGGUAAAUAACUUCUCGUUAGCUCAACACAAAAUGACUUGCGCCACAUAAUUUAUACAUAGAAAUCAGUGGAGAAACUCCAACAAAUGGAUCAGUUUCACUGGCAUGUACAGUUACUUGGCAAGGGGGCGAACACACUUUGUGCGGAUCGAGUGUUUUUAAGGUGAACGGGGGCGCUCGUAUAUCGAAUGGAGAGCUCGCAAGAAUUCAGUUGGAUUCAGAAUUGUUUUAUUCAUUUGAAUGUAGAACAGAACCUUUUUCCCCCAGGGAUCAGAAACCAUUUGCUGAAUUUCAACUUUGAAGUCAGAACAUGCGACCAAAAUUACAUAGCAGGGAGAAAAACAAGGAUGGGAGUGUUGAAUUCAAGGACACGACGUAUGUGAAUGUUGCUGAAAAGCAAGGUUUUCCAACAGAAUGAUGAUGAAACGCACAAUUGUUGGGAAGUGCUUUUGCAACCAAACUCAGUUGAAUUGCAUCAUUGUCCAUUAACAAUGUCACGGGGAGCUUUGUGAAUGCGGGUGAAAUUAUUCGAGGAGGCUAUCACAAUGUCGUUGACAAUUUUAUAACGUUAGAUGAAAUACAAAAUAUAUAGAAUUUGUAUCUUGGAGUUAUUAUGAGUCGAGUAAAUUUUUAUCUACAUUCAACUAUUAUUAAAAAAUAGCUACGUUGUGACCGUUUCAU